AACAAACAAACUGUUAAAUAAAUAUUAACACACACACAAAGCUCGUUCUUGAUCUCAACAGGGUCUAUUUAGUAGCUGAUCUGGAGCUUUCGAUCACACCACACUGUCUUCAUCAGCAGAUGGAGUUGUCAUAAAAUUGUAGAUGUUAAAAUUUCCAUUUUUUUCUGGGCACUUUUAAAGGUACCCCGUGGACUUUUCUACCAAACAAACUUCUGUUUACGUUCAGUGUUUCUAACUAAAUGGCUUUGUGUGUGUGUGUGUCCUUGAGGACUGACAGAUGUGUUAAAUGCAUUUCUCUCUACAUAAAACAUUUGCAAAACCAUUUAGGGAAAUUUUGAAAAUUGCAUCGGUGAAAUAUAUAAAUAAAAUCCUUCAGAUUUGAUUGGAUCGUUCAAAAGUGGCUGUGGUUUAGCAAAGACAGCAGCUGUAGAGGACAGUUGGUCUUCCUCAUCCAGGUUGUUAGAUCACGAGUUGGAGGACGAGGGAGUAACUAAACAUUAACCACAUUCUUUCGAAAUUGUCGUUGAGGUUUGCUAACUGAUUUUUACACAGCUAGCUUGUACUACCCACAAUCUAACUGUCAAGUCUGGUUUCAAGUGAUGAGCAGGGUUUAGCUAGUCUCCCCUAAUCACAUUUGAUUGGAUACAUGUAUGUAUAUGCCCGAGAACAGGAUCAAUCAUCAAAAAUAUUAUAAAGUUUUACAGAGAGGGACCUUUAUUUGUCAUAAACCAAGAGAUAACUGGCUUAAAGUCUGAAGUUACUUGGCAACAGCAGCUGACAAGAAAUAAUCUCACCACAAUAUCAUGCAUGUUAUGAUCGAAAGCUCCAACACAGUUACUAAACGGAACUUGUGAUGAGUUUUUUUUUCCUUUGUCAACUUUCCAAGGACAAGAACGAUCCUUUGAAUCUCAACUUUCAAGCCACAAUAAAUCCUUAAAGAAAAUGUGAACGUCUACGUUUCCAUGACAACGGGGCACAAAGCAUCAGCUGAUGAAGAUCAGUGCCUCUGUCCUGCUCUGAGGGAUUCACUGAGUUGGGAUACUACAACGGCACCGUGUCCCAGACGGACUCUGGCGCCCCCUGUCUGAAGUGGACAGAGUUUCCAGACUACGUCAUGCAGUACCCGGGCCGAGGGCUGGGAGACCACAGCUACUGCAGGAACCCAGAUCGAGAGUCCAACCCCUGGUGCUUCUUCAGGCAAAACUCUGGAGCCAUCGGAUGGGCCUACUGCGACUGCCACCAGGGUGCUGCUCGUCUGGUCGGCGGCUCGUCCUCCGGCAGCGGGCGGGUCGAAGUCUACCUGAACGGCCAGUGGGGGGCGGUGUGCGACUCUCACUGGACAGACAGAGACGCCAGUGUGAUCUGCAGGCAGCUGGGCCUGAGUGACAUUGGCACGGCGCUCCAGCACUCACAGUUCGGCUCGGGCUCCGGCCUUUUCCACUAUGAGCGUCUGGGUUGCCAUGGAGACGAGAACACCCUGAGUACCUGCCGGAGCAGGACUUUCGUCACUGGGGACUGUAACCAUGGAAACGAGGCAGCAGUGGUGUGUGAGCCGCCGGAAGGCAGCGGCACUCCUCUGCGAUUGGUCGGAGGCGAGGAAGACUUUGAGGGUCGAGUGGAGGUGUUCCACGGAGGAAGGUGGGGCUCCGUCUGCGAUGACCAGUGGGACGACAGAGAUGCAGAGGUGGUGUGCAGACAGCUGGGCUUCAGUGGUGUGGCGAAGGCCUGGUCGUGGGCUCACUUCGGUCAGGGUUCAGGCCCCAUCCUGCUGGAUGCUGUGAAGUGCACAGGAAACGAGCUCAUCCUGGAUCAGUGUCCCCAUGGCGACUGGGAGCAGCACAACUGUGACCACAUGGAGGAUGCUGGGGUCUCCUGCAGCCCUUAUACAGACGGUGUGGUGCGUCUGGUCGGAGGAGACAGUCCCUGGGAGGGUCGGGUCGAGGUUUUCCACAACGGUGACUGGGGGACGGUAUGUGACGACCACUGGACCCAGCAGCAUGCCGACGUGGUCUGCAGACAGCUGGGCUACAGGGGUCACGCUGAGGUCGUGUCAGAUGGAGCGUUCGGUGAGGGCGUCGGUCUGAUCCUGCUGGACGACGUCCGCUGCGAAGGAUCUGAGACCUCCCUGCUGGACUGUCGCCACGGGAUCUGGGGUCGGACCGACUGCUCCCACAGUGAGGAUGUCGGGGUGCGCUGCAGGGCCAGAUCCAGCCAGGAGACCAAUGAGGUGCCAGUUAUCGCACCGUCCACAGGUCCCCUGGUGCGUCUUGUGGGCGGCAGCAGCAGGAAGGAGGGUCGAGUCCAAGUGUAUCUCCAUGGUGACUGGGGAAGUAUUUGUGACUCUGGAUGGAAUGACCUGAAUGCAGCCGUCGUGUGCAGACAGCUCGGACACAGCGGUGGAGCGGUAGCAGCCGGAGGGUUCGGUCAGGGGAAAGGACCCAUCCACCUGGACCAGGUGAGGUGCACAGGGAAGGAGGAGUUCCUGGGAGAGUGUCCCUCUCUGGGUCAGAGUAUCCAGGGCUGCAGACGCAGGGAGGAUGCAGGGGUGAGGUGUGACGUCACGCCGCAGGAGUCAGCGGUAAAAGUUAAACCGGAAGAGCUGAGCUGCGGCCUGAGGAAGCUCGGGGAGGAAGAGAGCAAGAGGAGGAAGCAAGGAGAGGAGAACAUGCUCAGGACCACGUGGCCGUGGCAGGUGUCGGUGUGGCUUCAGUCCCAGAGUGAAGAUGGUGGUCCUCUCUGCAGCGGCACUCUGAUCAGUCCCUGCUGGGCUCUGACCUCUGCGUACUGUGUCAGCAGGUUUGGCAGCGAUCCGUCCAGGUACGUGGUGCGUGUCGGGGCCUCAGAGCAGACUCUCACCCCGGAGAAGGUGGUGGUUCACAGGAAGUUCAAGGGUCAGAGCGGAGGUCAUGACCUGGCUUUGUUGAAGCUGCCCAGCACCAAGGGUCACUGUAUGACCUUUGACCGCAACACCAAUGCAGCAUGCCUUCCUACUACAGAUGCAGCAUCAGGGGGAAGUACUCCAUCUUCCUGUGUUGUCAUGGUUACCGCUGGCUGGACAGGAGCAGAUUCAGUUCUUGCAUCCUGGGUCCCUCUGAUGUCGUCAUGGCAAUGUAAGAAGCGCUAUGGCGACAGCUUCUCCAGCCACGGCACCCUGUGUGCCGGCAGUCCUCCAGACACCAGCCUCCUCCAUGGCGACAGUUGUCAGGGCAACUCUGGAGGCGGCCUGGUCUGCCUCGGUGAGGCAGGUCGAUGGGUCCUUACCGGGGUUGUUGCCGGGGGUUACGGCUGCUCUGACCCCUCCUCUCCUGCGCUCUACACGAGGGUGAGCCGCUUCAGGAGCUGGAUCGACGAGGUCAUCAACGCACGAGCGCAUCGAGAGGAGCGAGCAAAGACAAAUGAAGAUCUGACGCACGUUGACAAUGACCUAACACACACCCGUGAGGAGCGCACGCACAGCGAGAGCAAGGAUAAAAACCUCCACGUGCACGGCAAACACACACACGAGCAACAACAACAACAACACAAGAAUGUGGAAAUCAACGAGAUUAAACACACACACACUCAUCAUUCACACACUAAUCAACACGUCAACACACACACCAAGAGUUCGCGUACCCACCAUGUAGGGGACGCUGACACAAACACGCAAAUUCUGGUCUGAUUGAGGCCGUGCCAUUGGCUUACCAUCUGUGCCAUGUGACCGCCAGAGGAGGAGGAAGAGGAGGAGGGAGAGUUAAAGGAAGACGAAAGCAAACUUUAAAAGCAAAAGAAAAGAAAGACGCUCCUAACUUAGUCAGUACAAAACGGCCGUCUCUCUGUGCUCAUUUCAAAUCUGAACUUAGUGUUGUGAAUCCCAAGUGUUUGCGGUUGCUAAUCGUCGGAUGAGUACAGCAGUGUGGGCAGAUCUUCCUGAGCUGCCAGGAUGACAGAGUGUGUGGGUGAUUUGUGGUGCUUACAUGUGAGUUGCAGCCUGUUAAGAAGCAGAAACAACGACUGAAGGAUCUGCGUCGUUUAGGUUCGAGCCCUGCAGAUUUAUCAGCAUGCUGAUCAGGGCCUUUCACUGAUACUGAAAAUCAAAAAAUCAGCAUGGCAUGUAUUUUAAGGACAAUAGUGUUAGCAUAAAAAAUAUCUGGAGGUUAUGGUCACACGAGAAUCUAUGCUAAAAAAUCACCUAACUCACCUAUUCACCUUCUGUGCAAGCUGUUAGAAGAUUUCUGUUAAGUGACAAAAAUCAACAAACUAACCACCAGAACAUCCAGUAUAAACGCUGACUGUAUAUCAUUACCGUCCCUCUAAGAUUAUUAAUGUAGAAGAACCUCAAACAUCCUGCAUCAGGUGACGCUCAUCCCAAGUUAAGUUUUGAUAGAAACUCAGAUGUGGGUGAUGUUGCUUUUUCAAAACAGGGCUCGUCUCAACCUUUACUGGUGAAAUUGCUGUUGUUUAUUUAGACCCAUGACUAAGCUACUUAAACUUUGGGCCGUACCAGUGUUUUUACAUUUUUUUUUAGGUAUUUAUUACUAAUGAUGUAUACUUGCUGUUGUGUUACAGGCUGGCUUGUUUGCACUUAAACAUUGUGUCAUGAGUGUCGUACUCUUCUCAAAAGUAUUCCUUUCUUUCCAGGAAGUAAUUGGUUUCCAUUUGUUUCUGUGCAAUAUGGAAAUCAAUUAGCUUAGACUCUUGGAACAGGUUGAGCAGCAUAUUUCCUCACAAUAGAUGUUAAAUCAGCAUUUAUUUUUGUCAAAGUUUGACUAUUGUUGAGUGUGUUCAGAUCAAUUAAACUGCAUUACCCCGCAACAAUAAUGGACGGAAAAAUCUUGCGGACGUGAUGUCCGCUGUGAUGGGUGACGCAACUCAAGCAGGUUUAAGGAGUCUGCUAAUUGAUUUCUACUCCGAGUAGAAAACAAAAGGAACGAUGGCUGCCUGCAACGUAGAAAAAAUAUUUAAAUAUCUGAAACACAACAACAUCAGUCGUUAUAUGAAGUAUAUAUAUACGCUGUAGUAAAGGAGCUAAAACUUGCAAAAACACUGGUAUGGUCCUUUAAAAACUGUACAGGACAGUUCUCUCCUUUCAAAGCCAUCUGAAGCUGACUGUCGGGUCCUAAUUAAAUAUCUUUUUGUACUGAAUCCAGCAGUUGGCUCUAGAUAGAUAGAUGAGUAGGCAGAUAGAAGGAUAGAUAGCUACUAUUCCUGAGUUUAGAUAGUAUGUGUACUGCUUCAUUCUUGACUGAAUUAGAUAGCCAAACUGUUGAAGUUAAAUGUUGUCUGUUCUGUUGUUCUCUGAGCAGAUGUGUGAUUUUAACCAGAAGAUGGCGACAUUGCUCUAUUUUCACAGAGCCUCUAGUUGGAUAAUGCGGCUCUGACGGUUCUUUUUAUACUGUUGCUAUAAGUGUUCGGACUUGACUUGUGCUUGGUGUGCUGUGAAUCAUUGUGUCGUGACGCAUCUUGUAAACCUGCAACUGCUGUUUCUCCAACAUGGACAUGUCCGAUGCCUGUUGUUAUAAUCCUGUACAUAAACUCGAGCCUGUCACUACUCCUCCCUGAGACUUGAUGUUUUGCCAUGCAGGUCCUGUAGGUUCAUGUAAAUACUGUGUGUCUCUGGCUGGACAGUGAGGGAGCAGCGUAAAGUGUUUAAGGUGUAGGCCUACUUUAUCUGUGUUAAACCCAUCAGCUGUUCCUCAGUGUAAUGUGCUAAAUCAUGGUUGAGUAUUAAACAUAUACUUAGUGAAAACAAGUC